CUGGAUCGUAGGCUCAUCUUGAUAAUAGCGACAAGAUGGAUAAUUGAGUCACAUCGAUGUAUACCCGCAGCCAGAACCGUAGGGAGGGCUCAUGACCAGUGAUGUUGCUGUUAUGAUAGAGGGUCCAUGUGAACAGAUUGGCAGGCCAGGGAACAUCUCCAGGUGUGUCACAUUGUUGUACAGUUUAUACCUGUGCAGUCUUUGGACUGCUGGACACUCUAUCAAGAUGGUAAGAUCUUGUCUUAAACUCUGCAAUAAUAGGAGAGGUGCUAGAAACAUUCCUUUCAAGAACAAAUGCAGAAGGAUAAUUGCAUACAUAGCGGCAGCUGUGUUGGUGAUAUUGCUACUAUUGAAGAUAUUAAAUUCCAUAGACUUGUGGAUACUUCAUUCAAGGCUAUAUGACCCAACGCUGAAUCCAACUUUAGUUCCUUUUGAAAAGUUGCCACCUACUGGGAAACACAAAAUACCAAAAAUUAUUCAUCAGACUUGGAAAGAUCCCUAUGUCCCCUCUCGGGUGACAGCUUGGGUGAAGUCUUGGAAGCAAGUGCACCCAGACUGGGAGUAUUGGUUUUGGACUGAUCACGGUGCCAGAGAGUUCAUCAGAACAACAUUUCCUCCAUAUCUCUCCAUGUAUGAUAACUAUAUGCAGAACAUUCGUCGAGCUGAUUCCAUGAGGUACUUCAUUUUGUACCACUUUGGGGGACUUUAUGCAGAUACUGACAUGCAAGCUGUGAGACCAGUAGAUCCGCUGACUUACAAAUAUAACUGUUUUCUUGGACAAGAGCCACCUGAGCAUUCCCUUCUGGACACCAAUAACAAACACCUUGCAAUCAAUGCCAUCAUGGGCUGCAGACCUGGGCAUCCAUUCUUUAAGUUGGUGGUAGAAAGGCUGCCAGACUUUUCUCACAUGUGGGACCUACUGGACAGCACUGGCCCACAUUUUCUCACUAGCGUUUGGAAGGAAUAUUCUCGCAGAAAUAUAUCAGAUACAAAUGGUGACGGAGUGUUUCUGGCCCCAGCUGAAUACUUUAUUCCAACCACUGACCCUUACAAACCAUUUUACUUCAGGUCCAGAUGUAAAAAUGUUGAGAAACUGACAAGGAAACAAAAAGAGGCUUGUGUUAGCUUUUAUAUAAAAAAAUUGAGAGAAAAACCUGCACCGUAUUCGUUUUCUGUUCAUCACUGGAUCCACACUUACCUACCCACUGAGCAAUUGAUAUGGUACCUACCUACAACUCAUAUCAGAGACUUGGUUCCUGAUGUUAAGUUGAAAUAUGAUCAUGAAUACCCUGAAGAGUGAAGUCACUGAUUAUUUGUUUUACAGUAUUCGGUUAAUUUGCCUCUUUAAGGAAAAAAUUCUCAAUCCUGCCACAUAGUGCUAGGAAUUUUAAUUUUAAAGGUUAACCACUGUUGUUCAAGAAAUUGAAGACUGGAUGUGAAGAUCGGAUAGCCUAUAAAAGAAAAGUCAGGAAAUACAAGAUGGCAGACAUCUCGCAGUCCACAGAUGACCAAAUAACUUUGGUGGUUGACGGUCAUUCUCUGCAGUGUGGCAGAGACGUACUCAGGAAGGCCAGUCCGUACUUUGAGGCAAUGUUUAACAGUGACAUGAUGGAGAGCACAGCCAAUUGUGUCAACCUUAAAGGAGCUUCAUAUGAAUCCGUGGAGCUCUUGAUACAGUUUGCCAAUAACCAAGACAUAUCCAUAACCUGGGAUAAUGUUUAUGCUCUUUUGGAAACUGCAUGCAUGUAUCAGUUUUCAAACGUUUCCGACAAAUGUAGCUCAUUUCUAUUGAAACACCUUGGAACUUCAAACUGCUUGCGAAGUAUGUAUCUGGCAGAUGUUUUAUCACUGAAAAACCUGUACAAUCAGGCCAAAAGGUGGGCAGUCUGGUUUUUUGAGGAGGUUACCCAGCAGGAUGAUUUUAUGCAAAUGGAUAUCCGAGCUUUGACUGACUACUUAAGUUGUGAAUAUCUACAGACGUCUAGUGAGGCUAAUGUAUUGUGGUGUGUCCUCAGAUGGAUUGAAUAUGACAAAGAUGAAAGGCUUGGUCAACUCCCAGUUAUAUUAAAGCUGGUGAGAUUUGAACUCAUUGCAUCAAAUGAGAUUCAAGAAGUUAUAGAAAUGUGUCCAAUAGUAAAAUCAAAUGCAGAGAUCCAGAAUAUGCUCAAGGAAUAUUUUAAGAUGGCAGCAGUGGCAGAUUUCAAAAAGGAUCCCAGAGGCAUCCCCCUGAGAUUGGGCAUAGUUGGUGGGAACCAUACCCCUCUUGAAAAUGGUGAUGUUCAGCCUAACCUCAGUGUCCAGUAUUUAGACCCUGACCAGGGACUGCUGCAGGAACUGUGUAGUCUGAAAAAUGUUUUUUCAAAUUCAAAACAGAUCAAUGGUAGCAAAGCAUGUGUCAUAGGUAAGGAUUUAUAUGUUACUGGCGGAGAAGCAAAACUUGGGCACAACCAAUGGUUCUAUGAUGUAUGGAAGUUUGACAGCAUAUCAGAACAAUGGGAAAUUAUUACACAGCUUCGUCAGCCUCGAAGGCACCACGGGCUCUGUGUCUGGGAUGAAAGCUUUUAUUUGGUUGGUGGGUUUGGAAGACACAGGCUAGUACUGGAUAGUGUGGAAAAGUACAACACUAAGACAGGUCAGUGGAUCAAGUGUGCAGCAUUGCUGACACCCCAGUACUCUGCUGCUGCUGCUGUAUGCAAUGAUAAACUGUAUGUCAUCAAACAUGAUAUACAAUGUUACGAACCUACACUGGAUUAUUGGAUACACUUGAAAAUUCCACUCCCAUUUGAAAAUGGUCUCCAUUGUGCAAUGACUAGAGGGAAGGUUAUCUACCUUACUGGACAGUACAUCUUGGACCUUCUAGAAUUUGAUACAGUGGCAAAGAAAUUCAGCAAACGGGGAAAGUUUAGGAAAGCACUGGGUAGCGCUUGCAUUGUCCAAGAUACGAUAUUUGUUGUCGCUGGGGAGGAGUGCAAUGUUAUUGAAAGUUUUGAUCUCAUAUCAGGAAAAUUUGAUGAAGUCUUGCAUUUGGAUUAUUAUUUAAAUAACCAUAACGCGGUUACCAUACCAAUAUUUCCUAAAUUUUCAUAGAUUUGCCAAAAUAAAAAAAAUCUGGAAUGCCACUCAAUAUUUGUUAGAAAAUUCCAUAUAUGUACCGGUGCCUUAGACGAGUUGAAGCAAUGUAGAGUUAAUAUAAAUAUUAAUAAAAGCUGUUUUGAA